GCGAAUGUGGGAAACAAAAUACCAGAAAGUCUGGGGAGAUUGGGGUAACUGGCUGUGUGUGGCGAGCUGAUGUUUGUUAAUAAGAGCAGUUAUUGUCAGUUGCUUUCAGGCUGAUAGGGGUUGAAGGGACAUCCAGGUGUUAGGGGGAUCUUUGUUUUGCAUGUUACAAAAUAACAGCUCAUUCAGAGAAACACCGGAGGAAACGACAGAACGGGUUUCUCAGGAGUGGAUGUGUGAGCCCGGCCCCUCAGCACUGCAUCUCCAGGCCAGCAAUGAUGUAACCAUGGUGGGCAUGGGUGUGAAGGUGGAAGAGGAAGGCCCAGGUGAUAUCAGCAGUGGAGAGGUUGGCAGGGAGCUCCAGAGAGCAUCACCCUGCAGCUGGCUGACACGCCCACUGGCCGAGCAGGCAGAUUUUCAGCUGAGGAUGUCACAGUCGCCCUUGGCCAUCAGUGGGAUUGUCAUGAAACCACAGGGGACAUCACUGGGCACAUCCCCGCGAGGGGACGGCUCUCCCAAAAAAGAACGGACACAGGGACACAGCCCUCCAGGCCAAGAUGGAGGCAUUCGGAGUUUUGACAAAUUGGACCUCCAGCAUAGCGUUAGUGAGGUAAUGCCCACGAUUGAAAAACUUCUGAAUUCAGACUUGAGAGAGAAAAUUUUGGUCAAGAAUGCCCAUGGUAGCACAAGUUUGAAAGGUACUCCAGAGAGUCUAGCAGAGAAGGAGCUGCAGCUGCUGGUGAUGAUCAACCAGCUGUCAAGCCUGCGGGACCAGCUACUGGGUGCUCACUCUGAACAAAGGAACAUGGCGGCCCUGCUCCUCGAAAAGCAGCAACAGCAGAUGGAGCUGGCCAGGCAGCAGCAGGAGCAGAUUGCCAAGCAGCAGCAGCAGCUUAUCCAGCAGCAACACAAGAUCAAUCUCUUGCAGCAGCAGAUUCAACAGGUGAACAUGCCUUAUGUGAUGAUCCCUGCCUUUCACCAUAACUCGCAGCCCCUGUCAGUCACCUCAGAGCCUCAGAUGGGCCUUCCCCUGCAACCCAUUCCCUGUAAACCAGUUGACUAUCCAAUGCAGUUUCUUCCUAACCCGCACUCUGCUCCUGCAAAGCGGUCCAGUGGUGCAGUGCACAAACAGUUUGGUUUAAAGGAAGCUAAUCAGCCACUCAACUUGACCUCCAAGCCAAAAGGACUCGAUAUGUGCAAGACAACUAGUGGGCAAACCCUGGAAAUGGCCUCCGUACCCCUGCAGAGCAGCUUUGGACCUCGUGACCUACAGCUCAGCCCCCCUCGAUCUGGACUCAGCCUAAGUUUCUUGGGCGAGGGAGACGUAGUGAGCCAGACUCUACACGAUGCUCAGCAACUUCUGAGGGGCCAUGUGGCUUUAGGGAGAGACACUGAUAAUGGCAGAAAGAUUUCUCGAGCUGUACAGUUGACACAUGAAGAGAGAAAGGAAGAUGACCAGAUUCACCAACCCAAAGAGGACCAUCCCAGCAGUGAUUCAGAGGGGGCCGUGUCUGCUCCAGGAGUCAGUGGCUUUGCUGAGGUCCACACGCCCUCCUCAGGACACAUCAAAAGACCUAUGAAUGCCUUCAUGGUUUGGGCGAAAGAUGAGCGCCGCCGCAUCCUGCAGGCGUUUCCAGAUAUGCACAACUCCAGCAUUAGCAAGAUCUUGGGCUCACGCUGGAAGGCUAUGUCCAACCAGGAGAAGCAGCCUUAUUACGAGGAGCAAGCCCGGCUCAGCCGCCAGCAUCUGGAGCGUUACCCCGACUACAAGUACAAACCUCGUCCAAAGCGCACCUGCAUAGUGGAGGGCCGGAGGCUGCGUGUGGGCGAGUACAAAGCCAUGAUGAAGAGUCGUCGUCAAGAACAGCGUGUAACCUACACAGCCAGCCAAUCAGAGCCACCACUGCACUACCCCACCAGCGACAUCCAUUAUCCUAGUCCCCCUGAGUCUAUGACAGCGGUUUGCCUGCCCCCUACACUGAUGAAGCACUACCUGCCCAGUGGACUGGAGUCCUCGCCGGCACAAGCCAUGGAGACCCCCAGCAGUAUUGUGGAAAGACACCCCUACAGUGAUGGAGAUGAGAGCGAUUCUGGGGAGCGCAGUGAGGGAGAGCUUGUGGUUUUGACUGACUGAGUGCAAUUAAAUGCUUGGUUUUGGGACAAAGGCACAAUAAGGCAGCUUAUUGGCUCCAGUCUCUAUCAGAUCCACACCUGUGGACCAAAAUGCCAAAUAUGUCUGACUUUUGGGUGUGAAGAUGUUGCUGUUGAAUGAGAACACAUGUUCCAAACUGCUUUUUAUUUAUUUAAUUUUUUUAAAUCAUUUUACAGAAUCUUAUUGGAGGUACGGGGAACAGUACCUUUUGAUUUUAAAUAAAAGUGCCAUUUGGAUGAAGAAGGGCUUGCUGAUGUUACUACUCUCAAAUUCCAUUAUAUUUGCUAUUCCAUUUUCUGCUGUCAUGAAUUUGAGGUUCUGCUGUUGCUAAGGAACACCUCAGUGCUAUAAACCAAUAUACAAACUUACAGAAUAUUAAGCAAUUCAAACAUUAUUAUUAUUAUUAUGAUUAUUUAAUAAAUAAUCAUAAUAAUAAUAAGAAGAAGCUCAAGUAGAUAUUCAAUGUCUCUUUUGUCUAUAAUUUCAUAUAAAUAGUUUAUUAAUAAAAUUCAUGUACAGUCCAUGUCCAACCAUGUAGAACGGGAAACAGCUAAUGUGUCAAAUAUUGGGUCAAAAAUUUUUUACAUUACAACCCAAUAGCAGAACACAUUCCAUACAUCCAGGGUGAAAUAAACAUGGCUUCUUUGUACAGUUCUUGAAGUUUGUGUGCUUUGUCUUUCCAUGUAAAUCACAGAGAGCACUUUGACAGCUGCAAGUUUUUAUUACAUACAGCACUUUCCAGGGUUCAGUAAGAGAGGUGCUUUGCAGAAUAGAUUUAUUGAUGUUUAGUGUCCUUGUUCUAGGAUAAAACUAGAAUGAUACAAUAGGUAUAUGGGGAAAUAGAAUUUAAGGCUCUUUUUUUGGAACUGAUAUUCCAUUGGUUUUAUGGCUUAAUACUCUCGCUGUUUCAGUUACACCAUAACUUUGCAUGUAUUUUUGCCUCUUACUGUCGAGGGGGUGAAGACCAUCUACUGGAGCAUUAGGGCAAAUGCUCAAAAGUGAAGCAUUAGCAUCCAUCCAUCAAUCCUCUAUACCUGCUUGUCUUAUGCAGGGUUGUGGUGGUCUGGAGCCUAUCCCAGAGUACAAGGCAGAGAACAGCAUACUAACCUUCACUGAUUAAAUUAUUUUGCAGGGUCUGAAGUGUGCUUGAGUAAUGCAAAAUGCUCCUGAUCUUCUAAAUACCUCAAUAUGCAGUUUUUACAAAAUGUGUUCAUUUUCUCAUUUAUAUGUGUAUGAAAACAUAAACUCCAUCAUCCCAAAAAAGUAUGUUUGUGUACAGUUUCCUUUAGAGCCCCCACAUUAACUCACUUAACUGACUGGUUAUAAGCAGUUACAAGGUGGCUGGAUUGAUUCUUCCACCAAGUUUUAUUUGAUUUAUAUAUGCAGUAUACAUUGACAGUUAAUAUAGAAUCAGGAUGCCACCAUGGUCCUAGCAAAGUGAAAUAAAAGUGUCUGGGCAAGUUAAAUGUCCAUGACUUUAUAAUAAAUUGGAUUAUUAAUAUGGUUAUAAAAAGCACAUCAUGCUAAAAUGUUAAAUUUAAUGUAAGCCUUCCAACUACGUUUUGAUUCUAUUUAUUUCCAAAUGGAUUUUUUUUUACCAGUUCUCAGAACUGGUCAAAUCAAUUUAUAGAAUAUCUAGUUAUUAAAAAACAAGCCAGGUCAAACUGUUAUAUCAUUUUGCUGAUGUGGUUAAGAAAUAUAUUAGAUUUUCCAUUAAACAAGUUUAUCCAUAUACGUAAAUGACCAGUUAUACUUGAUACAGCUAUCAUUUUUUACGUUUUCCCUCAAUACAUGAUGCAUAUGUUAGACCUAAAUUCUUUUCAACAAUGUCUUGCUGUUACAUGCCUGCUCUAGCCCAAAAUAUGUUCAGAUGUCCUGUGUAAGAACCUGGUAACAACAGUGAACUGGCCUUUUAGUAAACCACUUCUGUUAUAAUCAGGAAAAAUGUCAGAACAUGUUUUGACAGUUUAAACCUUUCAGUGUACAUAUAGACAUAGAUUUCUAUUUUGUUUAUAAUAGUUUAUUUGAAAGUUUACAUUUUCUGUGAUUUCCAAAUUGUGAGUGUUUUGAAUGUAAUAAAAAUAUUUGUAUCAUAA